AUGGAACUAAAGAAGCUCAAAAUAACUCCAGAAUCAACCACAAACUUUACUCUUGAUAUUUCUACUAGACAAGACACAGACCAGUGCACAGCCUUUGAGGCUCCAUUUUACACUGUACCCACCAGAUUCUACUUUCCAAGGUCUGCGUUUCAUGCCACUGAGGUUACUCACGGAGGAAAGUCUGUAUGGAAGGGUGAGAACGGUCAGAGGGCAUUCGAUGUAAGUCUUCACCCAGCUAAGAAUCCGACUGUACUACGCAUUUUUGCCAGAGAUACCAAUGACGUAUUUGCGAGUUACUACUACCAACUCAAUGGAAAUAAGUGGGAAUCGGUACAAAGGGACGAUUUUAGGAGAAUCAUAGACGACUUAAAAUCGCGUUCACAAGAUGAUGUCUAG